AUGCGCUCCUUCGCCCCCCUCAAGCUCGCCCUGGGCCUCUCCCUCUCCCUAUCAACCCUCGCCCUCGCAGACGACGCCACAACCACAACAAUGCCCUACUACCAACCCGACUGGGAAGAAGCCUGGUCGGCCAUGCCCUCGUACACCAACGUCGAGGGCUCCAUCGUCUCAAUCCACUCGCCCGACAUAACGUACGCGAUGUCCUGCACGUCCGGCGCAGAGAGCAGCACCUGCUCGAUCAAGAAGCCGUGGACCAUGAUCGCCGGCCCGGAAACCUUCAAGCAGACAGGCACAUACACCGCGUUCGACUGGACGCCUGCAGUGACCGUCACGUACGACUGGGACUGCAAGAUGACGUCCUACUCCGAGAGUCCGAGCUGCAGCUUUAGUCUGAGCUAUACCGGGAGUGAGAGCGGGAUGGAGACCAGCAGCAGUAUUGAGACCAGCACCAGCUGGGAUUAUACGACGGGGAGUCCGUAUGGGUUGCCGGUUACGGCGGGUCUGGAUAAGUUGUCCGACGCGGUGGCGAGCGCGGAGGCGGAGGCGACGCCUACGGCCAGUGAUGGGGGUGCGAUGGGCAUUCGGCCUGUUGAGGCGUUUAUCACUGCAGCGCCGGUUGUGCUUGCUGCCGGGGUUGGGGCUCUAUUUUAA